AUGAAAGGCGACUUAAGCAACAUUACUGCGCCGCCAUUCGUCCUUGCCGACAAGAGUACGACUGAGUUCCCAAGAUACUGGAUCGAACAUCCCGAAUUGUUUUGUGCACCAGCACAUGAGUCGACGCCAGAACGAAGGAUACUUGCUGUCUUGAAAUGGUUCCUAUCGGCAUUAAGAGGUCAGCAGUAUGCUGGGCGUCAACCUAGUGAAGGAGUCAAGAAGCCUCUCAAUGCUUUCCUCGGCGAAUUAUUCUUGGGUGACUGCGGAGAGCCUGGCGAAGAAUGCCAUCUCGUCAGUGAACAAGUUAGCCAUCACCCCCCAGUGACAGCCUGCUAUUUGUGGAACGAAAAGCAUGGUGUACGGGCGGAAGGCUACACGAGGCAAGAAAUCACAUUCAGCGGCAGCGUCAACAUUCAGCAAACCGGCCAUGCUGUCAUGCAUCUGGACGAGUUCGACGAGGACUACCUAAUACCAUUACCGAAUGUCAAGGUGAAAGGCAUAUUAACCGGUGGACCAUAUCCAGAACUGAACGGCACGUAUGAUAUCGUCAGCUCAACAGGCUUGAUCGCCGAAGUCGACUUCACUGGCAAAGGUUUCCUCGGCAUGAGCGGCAGCAAAAAUCAUGUAGCUGCUGGAGUGUAUCAUGCCGACGACAAGAAGCGGAAGAGUCCAAUGUUCACCGCUGAAGGUAGCUGGGCAGAGAGCUUCUCGCUCAAGGACGCCGAAGGCAAAGUAAUCGAUACCCAUGAUGUCAGCUCUGCCACAGCCACAGAGUUCAGGACAGCAGCGCUCGACAAGCAGGAUCCGUGGGAGUCCCGGCAUGCCUGGGCUGGUGUCAUCGACAGCAUACACAAAGGCAAUAUGCAGGGUGUGGCUGACAACAAGAGCAAACUUGAGAAUGCGCAGCGAGAGUUGAGGAAGAAUCCAAAGGCGAAGGAGGAAUCAUGGCAGGCUGUGUUCUUUCGAAAAGACAGCGACAAUCCUGUUGCGGCGAGGCUGUUGUCCGUUAUAGGGAGCAAGCUAGAACCUGAGAACACCUGUGGUGUGUGGCGUUUCGAUGUCGAGAGAGCGGGACAGCUUCAAAAACCGUGGCGUGGUUCGGUGACACCAUAUGGUGAACAGUGA